AUGUCGUCUAACAAGAAACGAAGAAUUGAUGAAAAGCCUCCAAUGAGCGCUCUCAGUGCCCUGCAAGCUCGACUACGAGAAGGUGCAGCAUCCCCCGCAUCAACGAUGGAAACUGGUUCAGAGUCCGAUGAGAAGUCAGCGACCACCAGUGUCAACCGCUUUGACGCUCUUCGGAAGAAUAGUAGUCAAAAUACUGCUCCAAAAUCUCCCAAGAAGAGUGCGGUGAAUCAAUAUCUACAACGCGGAGCAGGAUCACCAGCCAGUCGUUCAAGAGGCGUUGCAAUAGCAAGUGAGAGUACAAACACUCCUAAUCCCGAGUUGGUCGGAGCUUCUCAGACACUGGUCCGAGAGUAUACAUCAUUCCGCCUCUCAGAGCAAAACCAUCGAUUCAAGACAGGAGGUGUCAUGGAAUUAAAACUAUCAAAUAGUGCGCGUAUACUGGUUUUUGGGAGUUUUGGGAUUCGGGUUAUCCAAGGUGAAGUGAGGCUGGCUGGUGCUACUCUCUACCCCUCAGAAAUGAUUGAAUGGGUUCAUGCUCCCCACUGCCAUGCAGUUCCUGUGAUACGGACUACGGAAAAGACAAAAUUGGAACUUCACCCUGAUAGUAAUGCUCGUGGCAUACGCCAGUUGGGUCGGCUGUCACCCCUAUUCAGAAAAAUAUGGAAUGAGCCACCCGAGACAAAUUCUUCCAAGGCAACAAAAGACUCUACCUUUGAGAUUAUUUAUACCCCUAAAGAUGCCCCUAAGAAAUGCAUCAUCCAGGAAUUGGUCUCACCACCUGAGUGGAACAAGAAGUUAUCUUCACUUGUAGUGACGAGCCGAAAGAAACCUUCACUGUCAACACUGAUAUGUGGACCUAAAUCUGCUGGGAAAUCUACUUUCUCACGGUUGUUCCUGAAUGGCCUGUUGACGGAUCGAUCCCAAAAGCAGGGCGCUCGCAGUGUCGUGGUACUCGACCUCGAUCCAGGCCAACCAGAAUACGCACCACCGGGGACUUUGUCACUCGUUUGUGUAACAAAACCCAACCUCGGCACACCAUUCACACAUCCUAGUCUCAAAAACUCUGCUUUUACGGUUGUCCGCAGUCACUCAAUGGCCUCGGUCACCCCAGCUCCAAACCCCGACCUCUAUCUGGCUUGUGCGACAGAUCUGUUUGAUACCUACUCAAAGCACUACGCUGAAGUCCCUCUCCUUGUCAACACCCCCGGGUGGAUUCAAGGAACUGGAUUGGGUCUACUCUCUAGUUUGAUAGAGAAAAUCAAGCCCCAGGAGGUUGUGUAUAUGUCAGAAGCAGGCCCGUCCGAGACAGUCGACGCUUUGCGUACAGCAACGAAACUCGCAUUUACAGAGCUUCCAUCUCAGUCAUCUGAGUUUACACCAAGAACAGCAGCUCAUCUCAGAGCGAUGCAGAUCAUGUCUUACUUCCACUCGCAAAAUGCUGCGCCAAAGACUCCAAACUUGCCCGAUAUACCACCGAGGUUGAAGUGGAACGUCUCGCCACUCUCCUUGAGACCGCCCUUACUUGUGCAAUAUUCUUCGUCGAAACGAGGCAUAUUGGGACUCUUGUCAUAUGACUACCAGUGCUCUCCAGAAUUACUGGCUGAUACAGUGAAUGGGCAGGUGCUGGCUGCAGUCGAGAUAGAGGACCCAAAAGCAUUCUCCAAUUUUCCGCACGAAGGAGCAUCGCCACUGCCGGUAUCAAGGAGUCCAGAAAAUAUCCCAUUCAUUCCCAACUACGAUGAUGCAGCCUUAGAUCCCUGCUAUUCCCGGACUAUUGGGCUGGUGCUUUUACGCGGCAUCGACACGAAAUCAGAGACUCUCCAGCUUCUCACCCCAAUCCCGCUUGAAGAAUUCAGGAGUAUUAAGUCGAAAGGAAGGGGUAUCGUGCUUCUUCACGGCAAGUUUGAUACCCCGAAUUGGGCUUACACGGAGGAACUGUAUGAGAAAGCGGGGAUUGACGAGGGAAACGACAUGAUGCUUGAAGUUACCGAUGAGGACACAGAUGAUGAUCAUUCAGAAGAUGAGCCAGAGGGGGCCAAUGGAGUCAGUGACCUAACCCAAGUCCCUUGGGUUGAGGUCUUGAACGGGAGUCAAAGGCGGCCCGUUGGUUCACGAGUUUGGCGGGUCCGAAGAGACCUAGGGCGCAACAACGGGGACUAG